AUGGAGUUCAUACCCGGUCGUACCCUGAAGGAUGCCUGGCCAGAUAUGACGGCAGCCUCGAAGGACACUCUGACCGAACAACUUAGGGUCCACAUGAAUUCUCUUCGAUCGUUGCGCGGAACGUACAUUGGGGGCCUUGGCUGUACUCCCUGUUUCGACCACAUAUUUGCCGACGAACCGCCUUCAGAUUGUGGACCAUUCCCGAACGUCGCUGCCUUCCAUGACACUCUCGCCAAAGCCAUAAACCGCUAUGGAGUUCCGGAAGGCUUUCCUACAUCACGGUCAAAAUGUAGGCUUUUCAAGGAUGAUUACCACAUCGUAUUCUCUCACGGAGACUUUGCCUCCCGCAAUAUCAUGCUCUCAGAAGAGGGGAAGCUGGCGGCGAUCCUCGACUGGGAAACGGCUGGAUUCUGGCCUGAGUAUUGGGAGUGGAUGAAGGCUAGUAUUGAUAUUGAGUCGGAACCAUAUGACUGGGGAGAUGCACUCGAUCUUAUCCUGGAGCCGUUUGAUGCGGAUGCAUUGAUUGAAAACAUGUUCUUGAGAGUACUUCUGUUAUAG